UUUCCUCAUCUGUAAAAUGAGCCGGAGAAGGAAAUAGCGAACCACUCCAGUAUCUUCACCAAGAAAAGCCCAAACGCGAGUCAGACAGGACAGAAAAACCGCUGGACACUGUGAUACAACCAAGAGGCGGUGCCGGGAAGCCGAGGGGAGGGGAACAAGGGAGCGAGGAUCGGAUUGCGCAGGUCCAGCCUCUGUCCAUUGCACCACCUACCGAGUACAUCGUAGGACCACGAGGACCAUGUCCGGCUGGGAGUCGUAUUACAGAAACGAGGGCGAGGACGAGGAAGAGGAGCAGGACGAGGGGGCAGACGCGGAAGGAAACUAUAAGUAUUCUGGACGGGACAGUUUGAUUUUCUUAGUUGACGCCUCCAAGGCUAUGUUUGAGCCCCAGGAUGAAGAUCAAGGAACUUCUUUUGACCUAACCAUCCAGUGCAUCCAGAACGUGUACAGCAGCAAGAUCAUUAGCAGUGACCAAGACCUCCUGGCCGUGGUCUUCUACGGCACGGACAAAGACAAGAACUCGGUGAAUUUCAGAAACGUUUACGUUCUCCAUGAGCUGGACACCCCAGGUGCAAAACGAAUACUUGAGCUUGACCAGUUUAAGGGAAAGCAAGGAGAGAAACGCUUCCAGGAGCUGAUUGGCCAGGGCUCAGACUAUUCCCUGAGCGAGGCCCUCUGGGUCUGUGCCAAUCUCUUCAGCGGGGUCCGGCUGAAGAUGAGCCACAAGCGCAUCAUGCUCUUCACCAAUGACGACGACCCCCACGGCAGCGACAGUGCCAAGGCCAGUCGGGCCAAGACUAAAGCCAGUGACCUCCGGGACACAGGUAUCUUCCUCGACCUUAUGAACCUGAAGAAGCCUGGGGGGUUUGACAUUUCCUUGUUCUACAGGGACAUCAUCACCCUAGCCGAGGACGAGGAACUCGGGGUUCACUUUGAGGAGUCAGGCAAGCUGGAGGACCUCCUGAGGAAGGUUCGGGCCAAGGAGACCAGGAAACGCUCUCUGGCCAGGCUGAAGCUGAAGCUGGGCAGGGAUGUGGCCCUGACUGUUGGCAUUUUUAACAUGGUCCAGAAGGCCUUCAAGCCUCCUCCCAUCAGGCUUUACCGGGAAACAAACGAACAGGUGAAAACCAAGACCCGAACGUUUAGCGUGGACACUGGCAGCUUGCUUCUUCCCAGUGACACCAAGAGGGCCCAGAUCUACGGAGGCCGUCAGAUUGUGAUGGAGAAGGAGGAGACGGAGGAGCUGAAGAGGUUUGAUGAGCCCGGCUUGGUUCUGAUUGGCUUCAAGCCUCUCUUUAUGCUGAAGCAGCACCAUUUCCUCAGGCCGUCUCUGUUUGCAUACCCAGAGGAAUCCCUGGUUAAUGGAAGUACAACACUGUUCACUGCUUUACUCACCAAGUGCCUAGAGAAGGAGGUGUUGGCACUGUGCAGGUACACCCCCCGCCACAAUAGCCCCCCAUACUUCGUGGCCCUGGUGCCUCAGGAGGAGGAGCUAGAUGCCCAGAGAGUCCAGGUGGCGCCUCCAGGCUUUCAGCUCGUCUUCCUGCCCUAUGCUGAUGACAAAUGGAAGGUGCCCUUCACUGAGAAAGUCACCGCCAACCCGGAGCAGGUGGACAAGAUGAAGGCGAUCGUGCAGAAACUGCGCUUCAAGUACCGGAGCGACAGCUUUGAGAACCCCGUGCUGCAGCAGCAUUUCAGAAACCUGGAGGCCUUGGCCCUGGACCUGAUGGAGCCUGAGCACGUGCCAGACCUCACACUGCCCAAGAUUGAAGCCAUGGAUCUCAGGCUGGGCAGCCUGGUGGAGGAGUUCAAGGAGCUGGUCUACCCCCCCGACUACAACCCGGAGAAGGCAGCGAAGAGGAAAACAGAUGGCGGUGGUCCUGGAGAGAAACAGCCCAAGCUGGAGCUGUCAGAGGACGAGCUCAGGGCCCACCUUCGGAAGGGGACCCUGGGCAAGCUCACGGUGCCCGUCCUCAAAGAGGCCUGCCGCGUGUACCGGCUCAAGGCCAGCAGCACCAAGAAGCAGGAGCUUUUGGACCUGCUGAAGCAGCAUUUCCAGGAGGCCUGAUGGGCCCAGGACCCUCAUCCUUGCCCCUUGUUGUUUCAAUAAAGAGAAUUGCUUUUCUUUGGAA